AAAGGUGUGACAGGGGAGAAAUCCGAAGUCACCUAUGACAUCAAGAUCAAGCGCAAGACCCUUUUUUGGAGCCUAAACAAGAAGGUGCCGCCUGUUGUUCCGUGACUCACAUGUGAUGCCCGACAGUCCUAACGCCCAACGAAACGCCAGGCUGUUCAUCCAUCCCUUCACAGAGGCGUCGUAGAGGAGAGCAGCAGAUAAAGAGAGCCUAAUGACAAUGGAUAUGGAGGUUGAAGUGAGGGAGGGGGAGCAGCAGGAAGAGGAUGAUGCAGGAGUGAGCUGCAGCCUGGAUAUGUUUAGAGAGCAUCAGGAGGUCUGUCAGAUGGUGGAUGCCAUUGCCCAGGUAGUGGAGACGGAGUUUACUGCGGAGAAAGCCUACGAGGAUCUGGAGAAGAUACUUAACAAUUAUCAGGAACAGCCUCAUCUAUUGGACCCUCACCUGGAGACACUGCUCUCCAGCCUGGUGGAGAUGGCCCGCUCCCACUCACCCUCCUCCCGCACAAGCCAGCAGACCUUUCGUUACCUCUGGCUUAUCACCAAAGUGCGCGGCCACAAGACUAUCUUCAAAAAGCUCUCUCAUGAGGUGAAGGACCUCUUACCAGUUCUACAGAUGCUAGAGUCUCCAGAGGGAAGCUCAGACUUCUAUGCCAGUUACAUGCUGCUGCUGUGGCUGUCCAUCAUUGUGUACAUGCCAUUCAACAUGUUGGGCUUUGAUGCUAAGCUGGCCGGACAAGAGCCACAGUCCGGGGCUACAGUUGUUCAAAGAGUGCUGGAGGUCAUCAAGACUCACCUGAGGUCAGCCCAUCAGUCCAGGGAGAUGGCAGCAUACCUUGCUUCUCGCUUCGUCACCCGGCCAGACUUGCGUGAUGAGUACCUUCCUCAGUUCAUCGAGUUCUGUUUUGAGGUGCUGGAAAAGGAGUCCAAGGACAGCGUGUAUGAUGUGUUCCACCAGCUGGGUGUACUGCGAGCGCUUGGCCUUAUUUUCAAGCAAGGCAAGAGGGAAGAGAUGCUUAGCUUCUCACAAAUAGUGCUGCCACGACUUUUGGCGUGUGGCAUCACCUCCUCCUCUGACACAGCCAUCCGGAAACUAGCAAUGAAGGUUAUCCAGCGCAUCGGACUGACCUUCCUGAAGCCAAGGGUGGUGUCAUGGCGGUACCAGCGGGGCAGCAGGAGCCUGGCCAUCAACGUGCACGGCAGUGGAGUGGAGCAGCCUUCCCAGGAUGUGGAGAAGAAAGAAGUGGAAGAAGAAGAGGAUGAAGAGGUUGGAGAGAAUGUAGAGGAGGUGAUUGACUACCUCUUGCAGGGUCUCAAGGACCAGGACACAGUAGUGAGAUGGUCAGCUGCCAAGGGUGUGGGGCGGAUGACAGGUCGCCUACCUAGAGAGUUUGGAGAUGAGGUUGUUGGAGCCAUAUUGGAGUUGUUUUCUUCCCGAGAAUCCGACAAGGGAUGGCACGGAGGCUGCUUGGCCCUUGCUGAGCUGGCUCGGCGAGGACUUCUACUGCCGGAACGACUGCCAGCAGUUACGCCUGUGCUGGGGAAGGCUCUGGUGUAUGAUGAGUUGAAGGGGAAGUGCUUCAUGGGGGCCAACAUCAGAGAUGCUGCUUGCUACCUGUGCUGGGCCUUUGCAAGAGCCUACCACCCUGAACAGAUGGCCCCAUAUGUCAAACAGCUGGCCAGGGGACUCCUAAUAGUUUCUCUCUUUGACAGGGAGAUUCCCUGUAGGCGGGCAGGAUCGGCUGCCUUCCAGGAGCACGUCGGUCGUCAGGGGGCCUUCCCACAUGGCAUUGAGAUUCUCACAACUGUUGACUACUUUGCUGUUGGGAAUCGCUCCAAUGCCUUCCUCAAAUUGAGUGUAGAAGUGGCAAAGUACCCCGAGUAUACACAAGCACUGAUAGACCACCUUGUGCAACUGAAGGUCAUCCACUGGGACUCAGCUAUCAGGGAGCUGACAGCCAAGGCCCUCCAUAACCUCACCCCACUGGCUUCUGAGUACAUGGCCAAGACAGUGCUGCCCACGCUCCUGGAGCUGACCAUGAGCCUCAAGCUUGUAGCCCGACACGGCUCCAUCCUGGCCGUGGCAUACAUCAUACACGCCUUGUCCCUGGUGACCGCCAAGGAAGGUACCUGCCUCCAUGAACUUAUAGGCCAAAACGUCUUAAAUGACAUCGUGAAAAUCGUUCCCACCCUGGAGGAGAGGAAGCUGCUCCGAGGCCUGGAUGGGGAGUACAUGAAGCAAGCUGCUGCUGUCCUGAUUGAGAAGUGUUCCUUAGCUUCCCUUCCUCUGCAGGACCAUAAAAUCCUGGAGGUAUGGCAUCAGCUGCUGGAGGGCUGUGUGGUGUGCACUGAGGAGAACAUCCGCCUCACUGCUCUACAGGCACUGGCACCUCUCUGGGCCAACUACUUCAGGCCCACCUCACAGGAUGGUCUUAUUUGGCGGGACAGGCUGGUGGAGCGCUACACGAAGGCUCUCAACACUGAAAAGGAGAUACAAAGUCAAGGCUUUUCAGCUGCUUUAGGCUGUCUAACACUUCCCCUGGUGCAAGGAAAGUUUGAUGUGGUGUUGCUGUCACUGAUGAAAGUCACGGAAAUCACUCCAGACACCAAUGCUUGGGCCCAGACUCGUCGGCAGGCCAUUGCCUCCAUCAUCAGGCUUGUUGAAACUGUGGGCAUCAAGAGGGAUGGAAAAGAAUGUGAACAAGUCUGUGAGGCCAACCUUGGGUCCAUCUACCAAACAUUGCUGAGGAGCCUGGAUGACUACACCAUGGACCGGCGAGGGGACAUUGGGGCCUGGGUGAGGGAGGCUGCCAUCACCGCCCUGCAGACUCUCACCAAGAUGGUAGUGGCUGAGGACCCAAGCCUGUUGUCUGAGGAAGUAGUUGGAGAGAUGAUGGCCCGAGUGUGUCAGCAAGCUGUGGAAAGGAUCGACAGGACACGGAAAGUGGCGGGGACGGCCUUUGCAUCACUACUCCACAGCACCCCAAAGCUGCCCCACAUCCCCAACCUGCAAGAAGUGGAAUCAAUCUUUCCUAAAGAAAUGUGUGAAGGCAUGAACUGGGCCUCAGAAAAGUCCACCUUCAACCUCUUCAUGCAGCUGGUGGACUUUCCUUCCUACAGGUCAAGAGUGCUGUUGGGCGUUACAUAUGCUGCUGGAGGAAUCUCUGCAAAUUUGUCCCGGUAUACCAGUGAAGCAUUGCAUGGCUAUCUGAGUGCUCGAGCCGAGAAGGGAGAGCUGUUAGCAGCCUUCCUGGAAACACUCCUCCAACAGUUUGCUACAUACCAGAAGGUAGACCGUGUCACCCUACCUUUGAUCCGGACAGUUGGAAACUUGCUUAGCUCCUCGGCAGUGCUGGACAGUGUCUUGGAGCAAGAUGACAGCUACAUCUCCCGCCUGUUAAGUCUUAUGAAGAAGGAGUGUCAGCGUUGCAGCGAGUACCACAAACUUGCUGCGGUGAUCACAGUGUUGUGUGAGCUGCUGCGCCUGUCCUCCUCCACCACCAAGACAACCCUCACUCAGCUCGCUCUCUUCCUUGGAUACACGUUCCCCAAAGUACGAGCAGUGACAGCCACCAGCCUGCUAACGGCGCUGCAAGACUACUGUGACCAGGACAUUGUGCCGCCUGAACACCUGGAGGAGGUCACCAACAUUCUGGAAGAGACAGAGUGGAUGAACAACCUGGAAGAAGCUCGAAAGCAACGCAACCGUAUAUGUGAGUUGGCAGGAAUAGCUCCACCACAACCCAAGCAGAAGUGACCCAUCCCAUGCAGGACCCAGAUACUCUGUGAUAGUUUACUUAUGCUAAUGUGUGCCUCACCCUCAAAAUAUCCAUUCCAGUUAGCUUCUGCUCCCAUUGGGGUAAUUUAGUCAUUCCUAACAUGACCAUAAUUCACUAAUCAUAUUUCACAAAAUUGCGCACGAAACCAUGUAUAUCUUAUAUUGUAAAAUAAAGUAAUAAGCAAGA